AUGGCAGCCGACGAAGAAAAGGUGGCUCUGGGAACUGCCCCAGGCGCUUCAACACCGCCCGCAACUACAGCACCGUCAACUGAACCGACCAUCUCAACACAGACUAAGGAGACGAACAACGAGAUCACAGACGACAACGAGGAUACAACAGACGAGGACGACAACAACAACGGCGACGAUGGCGACGACACCCGCGAUGCGGGCCCGUACGAAGUUGUCGCGAUCGAGCAGGUCGAUGCCGCCGGCCUCUCAGCGGCCGAAAAGGGCGUCGCCGGCAUCGUCGACAAGGACGAGGCACGGCUCGACGGGAACGAGGUCGUCCACCACCCAAGCGGCAGCCGUAUCUCGGCCACCCUGUCACGCAUAGCCAGCAACGCCAGCUCGGCGGUCCGCAGCAGAACGAGCAACGCCAACAGGGCCGCCGCGGCCGCUGCACGCCUCGCCGCGUCGCCGAUCCCGCUCAUGGACCUGGACAAGGGCAUCGUCGGAUGGGACGCGCCCGACGACCCCCACUACCCGCUCAACUUUGCGCCGCGCCGCAAGUGGCUCCUCAUUGUCUUUUUGGCGUGCAUGACCCUCAUGACGCCCUUUGCGUCGUCCAUCCUGGCGCCCGGCAUCAAGUACAUGGAUGCCGACUUCAACAACGACGACUUGACGACUGGCUCGCUGGCCGUGAGCAUCUAUCUCUUAGGCUAUGCUGUCGGACCACUAUUUCUUGCCGGCAUGUCCGAGCUGUACGGCCGUCACGUCGUGCUCUCGGCCUCCAACAUAUUCUUUUGUGCCUGGCAGAUUGGCUGCGCGCUGGCACCGUCCUUGCAAAGUUUGAUCGUGUUCCGCGUCCUGGCUGGCAUUGGUGGCAGUGCGUGCAUAAGUUUGGGCGGUGCCGUGAUUGGUGAUCUUUUCCCGAUCGAAGAGAGAGGCUUGGCUUUGUCCAUCUGGACCGUCGGCCCGCUUGUCGGCCCGUCCGUCGGUCCCAUUGCCGGUGCUUGGAUUGCCCAGACCAUCGGCUGGCGCUGGGACUUCUGGAUCGUCCUCAUCCCCGGCGCCAUCAACACCAUCGUCAUUGCCGUCUUCAGCUCCGAAACCAGCCACCACGUCCUCAUCCGCCGCAAAGUCACGCGCCUCUCCAAGGAGCUGGGCCGCAACGACCUGCGCAGCUGCUACGACAACCCGGACAAGCCCCGGCCCACAACCCGCCGCGCCCUGCUCCUGGGCCUCAUCCGCCCGCUCAAGAUGCUCGCCCUGUCGCCCGUGCUGCUCGUCAUCUCGAUCUACACGGCGUUCGCGUACGGCGUCCUCUACCUGCUCUUCAACACCAUCCCCAUGGUCUUCCAGGAGGGCUACCACUGGAGCAUCGGCAUCACGGGGCUCGUGUACAUCCCCAUGGGUCUCGGAUACUGCGCUGGCCUCCUCCUCUUUGCCAACAUCUCCGACAGCACCGUCGUCCGCCUGACCAAGAAGAACGGCGGCGUCUACGAGCCGGAAAUGCGUCUUGUUGACUGCAUCUACUUUGCCUGCUGCCUGCCCAUUACCUUUUUCUGGUACGGCUGGUCCGCCGACAAGCAAGUCCACUGGAUUGUCCCCGUGCUAGGCCUGUUCCCGUACGGGUUUGCCGUGAUCGGCGUCUGGCAGCCGUCUCAGGCCUAUGUCAUCGACGCCUACGGUCACUAUGCCGCGAGUGCCACCGCCGCCUUUACCGUCUUCCGAUCCGUCGUGGCCGCCUUCUUGCCGUUGGCGGGCCCGACCAUGUACGCCACGCUGGGUGUGGGCUGGGGCAACAGCCUGUUGGGCUUUAUUUGCAUUGCGCUCAUCCCCGUGCCGCUGCUCAUCUACCGCUUUGGUGCUUACCAGCUUACCAGCUUACAGCUUGCUGUCCCGCUGGGCCGGCACCUGCAGCGGGUCGUACACCUUGUGCGCCAGCUUGUCGUCCGGCACGCCGUUGGGGUGGCUCGUCAGCGACCGCGUGUCCACCAGCUCCGGGCCCAGGUCGUCCACCGUCCGCGCGCCCACCAGCCGCAUGUCCAUCUCCAGCUCGUCCUUGAGCAGCGCCAUGGCCCGGUCCACGCCCUCGAGGCCGUACGCCGACAUGGCGUACAAAAAGGGGCGGCCGAUGCCGACGCCCUUGGCGCCGAGGCACAGCGCCUUCAAAAUGUCCGUCGCGCGCCGCAGGCCGCCGUCCACGUACACCUCGAUGCGGCGGUCGAGCCCGCGCGCGCGCAGCACGGGCAUGGUCUCGGCCAGCACCUCGAGCGCCGACCGCGCAAAGUCGAGCUGGCGGCCGCCGUGGUUGGAGAGCACGACGCCGUCGACGAGCCCCGUCUCGGCGGCGCGCACGACGUCCUCGACGCGCUGCACGCCCUUGAGGACAAUGGGCAGGCGCGUGACCGAGCGGAACCACGGCAGGUCGUCCCAGCAGAGGCUCGGGUCGAUGAAGGAGCUGAUGGCGCGCGCGGCGCCCUGCGACGUGUCCGAGGCCAUGCCCUCCUUCUUCUGCACGGAGCUGCCGCCGCCGCCCAGCGCGGCCGCCUUGGCGCGCAUGUCCUUUUCGCGGCGGCCCAGCUGCGGCGCGUCGACCGUAAUAAAGAGGGCGCGGCAGCCGCGGGCCUCGGCGUGCUGGAUGAUCUUGCGCGUAAUCUCGCGGUCCUUGUUGACGUACAGCUGCAGCCACUGGUAGGGGUUGCCCGGCCCGGCGGCGGCGUCCAUGAUCUCGUCAAAGGAGCACGAGGCCAGCGUCGGGAUCAUCUGCACGACCUGGUGGCGCGCCGCGGCCUUGGUCAGCACCGUCUCGCCCUCGGGGUGGCCCAGCUUGCCGAGCGCCGUGGCCGUCACGUAAAAGGGCGCGGCCACGCGCGCGCCAAACAUGCGCGUCGACAGGUCGACACGCUCGACGUCGACGAGGACGCGCGGGCGGAACCAGACGCGCUGGAAGGCCGCACGGUUCUCCCGCAGCGAAAUCUCGUCGUCGGCGGCGCUCGAGUAGUAGGCCCAGGCGCCGCGCUUCAUGACCCGGCGGGCGACGGCCUCAAAGUCGAGCAGGUUGUAGCAGCUGUCGACGGGCGGCAUGAGGGCGCGGGCCUCCGCGACGGCCUUGUCCUCGGCGGCCUCGGCCUCCUCCUCGGGGGUGCGCUUGCGGUUCUUGUCGGCCGCCGCGACGGCGUCCAUGUCGGCCACGGGGCCCAGGUGCUUGGACUUGUCGAGGUACUUGUCCAGGGUGUCGGGCGGGUGGACGGGUUCAAAGGCGGACGUGGCGUCGCGGCCGGCAUACUUGAGGAUGAUCUUUUGGCCGCCGGGGUGCUCGGGCAGGAACUCGGUGACGUCGUAGACGUUGCCGCGCACAAUGACCCAGCACGAGUCGGCGCUGUUGUGCUUGCCGAUUUCUGCUGCGGACAAGGCCAUUUUGCAGUGUGCGCUGGGAAGAGGGGAGAUCCGAGUUCCGGGUAUUGCUCGGCGAGUCGACUUCGCUGA